CGCCGCUCUCGUGCUCCCUGUCCCCCUCCCCCCUCUCGCCUCCCUGUCAGUGCGGUGGCUGCGCUGGGAAACAUGGCGUCGGAGGGAAUGAUUUUAACCAACCACGACCAUCAAAUCCGCGUCGGGGUCCUCACAGUGAGUGACAGUUGCUUCAGGAACCUUGCUGAAGACCGCAGUGGGAUAAACCUUAAAGAUCUGGUCCAAGACCCAUCUUUGUUGGGUGGGACUAUAUCUGCAUACAAGAUAGUGCCAGACGAAAUUGAAGAAAUCAAGGAGACACUGAUAGACUGGUGUGAUGAAAAGGAACUUAACUUGAUUUUGACAACUGGAGGAACAGGGUUUGCACCACGAGACGUCACUCCAGAGGCCACUAAAGAAGUAAUAGAGCGAGAGGCCCCAGGGAUGGCCCUGGCAAUGCUGAUGGGAUCACUUAAUGUUACUCCUCUGGGCAUGCUCUCUAGACCUGUAUGUGGAAUCAGAGGAAAAACUCUCAUAAUUAACCUGCCAGGCAGCAAGAAAGGGUCACAGGAAUGUUUUCAGUUUAUACUGCCAGCCCUACCUCAUGCCAUUGACCUUUUGCGGGAUGCCAUUGUAAAAGUAAAGGAGGUACACGACGAACUUGAAGACCUACCUUCACCGCCACCUCCUCUUUCUCCUCCUCCAACCACCAGCCCACACAAACAGACAGAAGACAAAGGUGUACAGUGCGAGGAAGAGGAGGAAGAGAAGAAGGAUAGUGGAGUUGCCUCAACAGAGGACAGUUCCUCUUCACAUAUAACUGCUGCAGCCAUUGCAGCUAAGAAGCAUCCAUCCUACACCAGUUCUGCUGUUAUCAUGGCAAAAGGUGAACAGCCCAUCCCGGGUCUCAUCUGUUAUUACCAUCACGCAGCAGGCAGUGCAGGAGAACCGAUUCCAGACUCCAUCAUUUCUCGUGGUGUUCAGGUGCUCCCACGAGACACAGCCUCUCUCAGCACUACUCCUUCAGAAUCUCCUCGUGCCCAGGCCACCUCUCGUCUCUCCACUGCAUCCUGCCCAACACCAAAACAAAUUAGACGGCCGGAUGAAAGCAAAGGAGUUGCUAGUAGAGUUGGAUCCCUCAAAGUCCAGUCCAGGUGCAGUAGCAAGGAGAACAUCCUCAGAGCCAGUCACAGUGCCGUCGACAUUACCAAGGUGGCCAGAAGACAUCGCAUGUCUCCAUUCCCAUUGACAUCUAUGGACAAAGCCUUCAUCACAGUUCUGGAGAUGACCCCAGUGCUCGGAACAGAAAUCAUCAAUUACCGAGAUGGAAUGGGCCGAGUUCUUGCUCAAGAUGUUUAUGCAAAAGACAACCUACCCCCCUUCCCAGCAUCGGUAAAAGAUGGAUACGCUGUCAGAGCUGCUGAUGGCCCUGGGGAUCGAUUCAUCAUUGGGGAAUCCCAAGCUGGUGAGCAGCCAACUCAGACUGUGAUGCCUGGUCAGGUAAUGCGGGUUACAACAGGAGCUCCAAUCCCCUGUGGUGCUGAUGCUGUGGUGCAAGUAGAAGACACAGAACUCAUCAGGGAAUCAGAUGAUGGCACUGAAGAGCUAGAAGUACGAAUUCUGGUGCAGGCUCGACCAGGCCAAGAUAUCAGACCUAUAGGACACGACAUUAAAAGAGGUGAAUGUGUGCUGGCUAAGGGAACUCACAUGGGUCCAUCGGAGAUUGGUCUCUUAGCAACUGUUGGGGUAACAGAAGUAGAAGUUAACAAAUUUCCAGUCGUUGCAGUCAUGUCAACAGGGAAUGAGUUGUUGAAUCCUGAGGAUGACCUCUUACCAGGAAAGAUCCGUGACAGUAACCGUUCAACUCUCCUAGCUACAAUUCAAGAACACGGCUACCCAACAAUCAACUUGGGAAUUGUGGGAGAUAAGAAGCCAGAUGCUUUUAAAGAAGAAGGGACACAGAGCUUCCAGAACACAGCGGAGACAGGCCUACCAGAUUGCCAUCUCUGAAUGUAUGGCAUCUAUCCCAUCUUGCAUGAGGGCUCUGGAAGAACAUCAACUUUGGCACCAUGUCUAGUCUUAGACCCACCUGUGCACUGUCAUCUUUCUUAGUGCCAGCAACCUCUUUGGUGUUAUUACUUCGUGUAGUAUCAAUCAUCAGUAACAUUCCCUUCCAACCACAGCUGAAAAUGUUCCACCUCAGAAAUGAAAACAUUUGAGUGCAUCCAUAUUGUGUGUGAGGAAAAGGACAAAAAAGAAUUUAACAGUCUUAAUGGUCUCGAGACUCAUAGGUGAAAACCCUGCUAACUUUUUGAAAGAACUAAGGGACCUGCUGGUAAGUAUUGUGCUGGAAUCCUCAAGGGUCACUGAUCUCAGCUUCAGUUCAAAGACCAGGAAUAAUUUAGUAUUUAAUCUCCUGGUUCACAAAGAAACCAUGAGAUUAUGUCAGGCUGUCUCUGGAUUCUUACACUGGACCUGACCUGCAGCCUAGGACGGGCCUUUGGAGAUACCACAAACACCCGACCUCUCUGGUCAGACCACUAUCUGCAAUCCUCAGUACAGGAGGUGAGGAGGGGUGAAAAAGGGGUGUGGCUGGAGUAUACUACACUCUGGCUAUCCCCAAAUUGGGGCUCAUAGCCAGCUGGUGAAGUUUAGAAUAGCCCUCCAGCUACUCUGAUCUAUGCUGAAGUUGAUAUAGAACUAGCUCCAGCAUCACUGCAACCAGCUUCCUCACGGCCCGCAGGGUGUACCCAGCCCUACAGCUCUACUUUCUAUGAUCUUAUGAAAAAAACAUUUAAUUUUUUCAACCUGUAACUGUCUUGUUUUCAAGUACAGUAGCUGGAGGCCAAGAAAGAUGACCCAAUUCUGCCUUCGUAUACACAGGCAUACAUCUACAGUACCUAUUUUGCAUGCAAUUCUCCUUCUGUCUCUCUCUCUCUCAUGAAUUUGUAAAGCACCCAUCACAAUAAAUUAAAAGUGGUAAAUGUACAAAUUUUACUGGUACGGUUUUCCAAAAGAGUCCCCUCAGUGUUUGAAACAUGGAUGUAUAAAGCCAUGGCUGAUGCAUAAAGGAGUAAGAAUGUCAUAAGUGGUUUCAUUAGUCAUCCAACCAAUAUAGCAGCAUGGUAAUCUGCCAACAUGUUAACAAAAAGAAUAGGAAAUAACCAACAGAUACUGAGAGCUUCAUUUGAGUGAAUGAGACUAGUGCAAAAGAGAAUUCUGUGGAGAUGGUCCAGGAAAUCUGUAACAAGCUCUGGAAGUUGUAGAAUGACAGCACCUUGAUAAUUAAAUCCCUGCUAAAUGCUCCAGUUCAAUUUUGCAAACUCCACUGCUCCUGUUGCAGAAUGAUAGGUGAUGCGGCAUGCUGUCUGUGUUGUUACUUGUUUUCCAGAUUAAGUAGCAUAACAGAAUGAUCUAACUGCAUGAGUUUCAAACUGCUGAUAUAAUGGGUUGUGUCACAGAAGGGGUUACCUGCUUUAAAAAAUGUUACAGUAAAAUCUCAUAAAUCAACAACAGGAUCAGCAAAAAUGAGCGAUCUAGCCGACUUUGGUCUCUAUCUGAAGGUCAAAUAAAAUUGUACUAUAAAUGUGGGGAUACUUUAAAGUGGUGCUUUUAGAUACU